AUGAAUAAUUCGGGCAUUUUGCGCAACCUCGGCGUCCUCCUUCUUCCCGCCCUACUACUGCUUUCCAUUCGGCCACCACAUAUUUGUGCUGAAUACACGGAUAACGAGCUGGCGGUCUUCUCGCGGAACACUCGGUUCGUCGCCGUUCCGAAUGAUGAUCGGUCGAAGCGCGCAACAGAAAGAGUUCGCUCUCGACAGCUGUUCGGAAGGGGCUUCUUCGGAUCGGAGACUAUGAAAGUGGAGAAAGAGGAGCGGCGCGAAGCCCGUCCGAUGCUCCGCAGCUCGCCAAAUUCCCCGGAGCCGGUAAAGAGGAAAAACGAAAAUAUAUUCGCUGCUGUCAUUAAUACUCUUCUGCACAAAGAAGAAGGUGUGCAAGAGCCCGUGCUAAUUGAAAAGUGAUGUGCAGCAUGCUUGUCGUUUUCGCUCUGUUAAGUGACGUGUUUUUGUGCCAUCCAUCUUGUGAAACUUCAUCAAGUACCUUAAUUAAACUCAUUUUCAGCAUUGGUCGGACCGCCAACGAAUGUCCGUGUGGAAGCCACUAGCAACUCGACGGCAGUCGUACAAUGGGACUUCGAAUCUCAGAAGGUUAGCAGUCUAUACUCGAUUUGUUCUCCGGACGCCAUCCCUGGGGUCCCGUUCCGCAUUUUGACGGGUCGGGUCCACUAUUCUUUUGCGUCUGUUUGUUUUCGUUAUGGAGCACACGAGUCGUGCCUUGUGCUCAAAACAAAAGCGAGGCUAAGAAAGAAAUUGAAUGCCUUCCGCGGAAUUACGCUACAAAUUAGAAUGAAAAAUGCUUUCAGGCCGACUCGUUCGUCGUCAAGUACAUGCACGAGCCGGGAAACCGCAUGGAUACGGAGAAAUGGAAGCAACAGCCGGUGAUCAGCUUUGACAAGGAAAAUCCGAAACGGUUCGCUGUGGUCUCCGAUCUCACGGCUCACAAGCCGUAUGCAUUCUGUGUGCUCGCCGUAAAGAACAAUGUGAGUGUGAUCUCCUUGGAGACGUUCCCACGCUCGAUGAGCACGCAUUAAUGAACAAUUUUUCAGCGACAAGGUCCGUGCUCAGAUCCGCCCACUGUGCUCGAAAGCGUGACGCCGACGUUCAUGGUUCAGAAUCUGAGAGUGCGAUGGAAGACGAGCAACUCGGUGCAGCUCACGUAAGAACUCGGAGAAAUGCUCACAAUUUUCUCAGACUUUGAUUGCAGAUGGGAGUACAACGGUCCCAGAAACGUGGGAUUCUAUGUGAAUCACACGGGAAAGAAGGACUACAUGAACCACGAGCUGCAAGAAAAAACGAUGUCUACACCUGGAUUCGGACAGGAUCUCGAUGAGAAGACACGCGAGUAUCUGUGGACCAAUCUCAGGCCGCACAUGAUGUUCACAUUCCACGUGGGAGUUCGGACGUUGCCUCCGGGAGCUCGGAAGUACUGGCCCCAGGAGGUGGUAACCACGACGGACCCAACUGGGCCUCCGUACGUAGAUGUACCUCAGUUGAUUGACUCUUCGGGAACUCAGCCCGGCCAGCAAAUGAUCCGGUUGACGCCUGCAACGGAAGAAUACGGAGUCAUCUCGCACUAUUGGAUCAUUGUUGUUCCAGCUAACUACAGCACGGUAUGCCCAGGUUAUCGAAGGUGUGGAUUCAUAGUUCUGUGAUAUUUCAGGAAGAUGUCGUCAACUUGGACAGCGUCGAACUGGAAAAGGCAACCGCCGAAAAGCGUACUCAACUCGCCCGAUCUCUAAGUGUGUCUCCGUCGAAAAAGUUGAAGAGGCGAGCCGAUGAGGAAAAGACGGCCACGAAAGCGAAACGGGCUCGUCGCGGAGCAGUGCCUGGGGCCUACGUGGCGGCGAGAUUGAGUUCCGAUCGGGUGAAGCAGCACUACAGGAACAACCAGCCAUUUGUGGUCGGAGACUCGCAGGUGAGCAUAGCAAUUGCCGCAAACGGCUUCCCGCAGCCGCCUUCCCGAUACCCUUUCUUUCUGCGCCCCCGGAAAACAAUCUAAAUGCGUCUGUUUUGUCAUGUUUCCUGCUCACUGCCACAAUCUUCUAUCAAUAAAUAAACGGGCGAGCGUUGCGAGUGACGAGACGAAUCAAGAGUCGGCACAAUUUUUCGCCCUUCCUCCUCUUAGUUUUACUCUCGUUUCCGUUGAGAUUUAGGCAAAAUAUCGAGGCACUUACGGACCUUUUCAUGUCCACUUCAAACUUUUAUGAGCGUUUCCCGGCACUCAUUUUAUGGUCAGUCAUGUAGAAAAGAUGGCAUUCCCGCUCACGUUUCCCUUCCUAUCCAUCCGAAAUGUCGGCUGAUUCCUUUGAUAUCCCGACAGAGGUUCCCACGAUAAACUCGAUGCAAUCCGAUUCCCUCUCACUCUCUCUCCUUGCUCUUCAGCUUUUGCCAGCCCGCCGCCGCGGACUGUUUUUGUGUAAACAUUGAUCGGUGUUAUUUUGCAGUUGUAUGACGGGUUCACCAACUACCCACUCGAGCACAAUAUCCACUACCGACUUAUGAUGCGAGCGUUUGCGAAGAAUGACGUGCGUGCCAAGGACAGUGUAAGUUUACCCUCCCGCCCGCCAUUCACAUGAUCUCAAUAAUCAGCUUUCUUUUAGUUCGAACAACGUGCUCCGAUGAGUGAGAAGCUGUCGCGACUGUAUUCCGACUCUGUACUCACCGAGCCGUUCACAAUCAAGUCCGCCCUUCGGGGAGCUUCUCAGAAGUCGUCUCCAUGGGUCGGUGCUUGUAUUGCCUUCCUCGUGCUCUUCUCGAUCGUCGGAAUGCUCAUUUGUUGGUGGCUGCGAUGCAACAAGAAAUCUGCUGGAAGACAUCCGAGACACGGAUCCAUUACCAAAGUGGCGUUGACUGGAAACAUCAUGAAUGGAGGUGCAAUGCCCGGAGAGACGAGCAAGCUGUUGGCGACUCAGAACGAGUACGGACGGCAUGUGAUGAAUCCGUACGAACAAAUGAAUGGAAACCAUCAAAUGGAGUCAUCAAUGGAUCUGUACCCUCUGCCCAACAGUCACUCUCGUUCCAACGGAUACGCUCCUGUCCCAGUCCCUCUUCCAACUCUCCCGAACAACGGAAACACAGUCACCACAGUCGUCCAUCCAGCUGUUCCGAUCGCCGAACUCGCGAAUCAUAUCGAACGCCUACGCAUGAACAACAAUAUUGGAUUCCAGACGGAGUUUGAGUCUAUUGAAACCGGCCAACACUUCACUUGGGAACAUUCGAAUGCCGACGUGAACAAGCCGAAGAAUCGAUACGCGAACGUGGCUGCUUACGAUCAUACCCGAGUGGUGCUCUCCAACGUGGAAGGCAUCGAAGGCGGCGACUACAUCAACGCGAACUACGUGGAUGGAUACGACAAGCCGAGAAGUUACAUCGCCACUCAAGGACCGCUCCCGGAGACAUUUGGAGACUUCUGGAGAAUGGUUUGGGAAGAGCAGUCGGUGACGAUUGUGAUGUUGACGAAUCUGGAAGAGAACAGCAGAAACAAGUGCGAUCAGUACUGGCCGACACGUGGAACUGCGAUCUACGGAGACGUCGAAGUGACACUGCUCGAAAGCGUCCAUCUGGCUCACUACACGAUGAGGACGAUGCGACUGAAGAUGAUCGGAGAGCCGGAGAUCAGAGAGAUCAAGCAUCUGCAGUACACUGCCUGGCCAGACCACGGAGUUCCCGACCAUCCGACGCCGUUCCUGAUCUUCCUGAAGAGAGUCAAGACUCUGAAUCCGCACGACGCCGGACCGAUUAUCUCGCACUGCAGUGCUGGAAUAGGACGGACGGGAGCAUUCAUUUCCAUCGAUUGCAUGCUCGAACGUCUUCGCUACGAGAACACUGUGGACAUUUACGGAUGUGUGACGACGCUGCGAGCACAACGGAGUUACAUGGUGCAAACAGAAGAGCAGUACAUCUUUAUCCACGACGCCGUCCUCGACGCAGUCAACAGCGGAUCAACGGAAGUUCCCGCGAGUCGGUUACACCAGCACGUGCAAGCACUCAUGCAGCCGUCAGUCGAAUCUAUAUCCGGAAUUGAUAUGGAGUUCAGAGUGAGUUCACGAAGGAAUGAGCUUCUUUCUGAUCCACCAUUUUUGCAGCAUCUGACGACAUUAAAGUGGACGAACAACAGGUGCAUCGUGGCCAAUUUGCCAGUCAAUCGGCAGAAGAACAGAAUGCUGAGUGCUGUUCCGUUCGACUCGAACCGUGUAAUUUUGCAUAUGAUGCCAGGAGUUGAAGGUUCCGAUUACAUCAAUGCAUCCUGGAUUGACGGUUACAAGUAAGUCACGCAACUCUCUUCUCUCCAACCAAAUUGGUAAUUUCAGAGAACGUGGAGCAUACAUGGCAAUGCAAGCGCCGACGAACGAGACAGCCGCCGAUUUCUGGCGGGCCAUCUGGGAGCACAACUGCUCGAUGAUCGCGAUGGUUGUGCAGACUUGGGAGCGUGGACAGGAGAUGUGCAGCGAGUACUGGCCACUGGAGAACGGAGUGAACGUCGGAAAUCUGGUCGUCGAGCCGAUGACCGAGUUCAACAUGGAAUAUUAUCUGCUCCGCGAGUUCCGGCUCACUGACUUCCACACGAACGAAGUGCGGACGGUUCGGCAUUUCCAGUUCAUCGACUGGCCGGACAGCGGACGACCGCACAGUGCUGAGCAUUUCCUGGACUUUGUCGCUCAGGUAACCAACUUAUGCAGUGUAUUCUCUCAAUGAUUCCAAUCUUCAGGUUCACAACACGUACGCUCAGUUCGGCUGCACUGGUCCCAUAACCGUUCAUUGCACAUCGGGCGCCGGGCGCACCGCGGUCUUCAUAGCUCUUUCCAUCAUUUUGGAUAGAAUGCGCGCCGAGCACGUUGUGGACGUGUUCACCACUGUAAGUUAAUAAAAUAGGCUCUGCCACGUCAUAACUCGUUUUUUUCCAGGUCAAACUGUUGCGAACGGAACGGCAGAACAUGAUCCAGGAGCCAGAUCAGUACCAUUUCUUGUACCAAUCCGCUUACGAGUACCUCGCUUCGUAUGAUAACUUCUCCGCGUAG